AUGAAUCGAAAUGGGCUUGAAAAAAUUUGUAAUCAAGCUACAAAUUUUUGGAAAUAAUAAUUCAUUGCAUCACCUAAAUAAGAUUUGGACAUAUCUACUAAUGCUGGAUCAAACAUCUUAGAAGAAUAAUCUAUUUUUGAAAUAUCUGCCAAAAAAACUGAAUAAUAUCUCUUUCCUGAGGUGGAAAGAUAAAACUUAAAGAAUGAAAAAAAUGAGUUCGAAUUCACUGAAAGAUCAGCUAAACAGCAGCAACAAUUUGAAGUGGAAGAUAAUUGUGAAGCAGAGGCCAGUUGUUCGCAGUGUUCUGAUUGUCUGAGUAAAAGAAGAGACAAAAAAAAAUCAAAACCAAGAUCUUGCAAAUCAAGUAAGCCUAUAAACUAUAUUUAAGCAAAACAAAGGUUCACUAUAUCUGAAGAAGCAUUCAUUAUGGAGUAAUCAAGAAAGGGAACUAGCUUUACCGAUAUAGCUUAACAAAUUCCAGGCUCUACUGUUAAUUAAGUCAAACAUCAUCUCCUGAAAAGACUUAAAAUUUGUAGUAAAAAGACAGAUCUUCAAGGAGAUAGUAUUGCAGAAAUUAUCUUAAAAAUCUAAUAACUAUAACAGUAAGACCUAAUAAUAUUUUAGAAAUGAGAAUUUAGAUAAUGCUGAUAAAAUUUAAGAACUCAGAUAACAUAUAUCUUAAAUAGAAAAUCAUUUGCAUCAAACUAAGCAAAUGAUACUGUAAAAGUAUAUGGUAUUGUUUCAAUAAUAAUGA